ACAAGAGAUUGAGUCCCAAAUCGGAGACCGAAUGCCAACACAUGAGGACAGGAAUCGAUGCCAUUAUGUCAUGGCUUUCAUCGCUGAGACACUGAGAUUCAGAAAUGUUGUUCCCACAGGAGUUGCGCAUAAAACACUUGUUAAUACCAAACUUGAUAAAUACACAAUACCUGAAAAUAUGUCAGUUAUGGUAUAUCAAGGAAUCAUAUGUCGUAAUGAAAAAGAUUGGCAAAAUGCCGAUGAAUUCACACCCGAGAGGUUUAUUGAUAGUGAAGGACAAUACAUAACAACCCGUCCCAAAGCAUUCAUACCCUUCGGUGUGGGCCGUCGUGUCUGUGCGGGAGAGAAGUUAGCCAUCGCUGACCUGUUCCUGGUUUUGGUCCGAUUUCUUCAGUCCACACAAGACUACGAUAUAGUGCUCGACAGUAACGAUGGCAUUCCUCUUAAGCUAAUACUUAUAUCGCAGACAAUGCCCGACGUAUGA